AGCGUGAUAUUGUAUCAUUGGAUCAGCAGUAUCCGUAGUAGAAACAACAUGCAGGGAUUCCUCGCACUCGCCGUAACCAUCGCCGUUGUAGCCGCUGACAGCGGAUACGCUCCCGCCCCUGAAUACCUGUGCAGGGACACCAACACCUCCAUCUACGCUGAGGUGUGCGUCCCCGCCUUCGCCGAGCAGAUCACCCCUGUCACCCUCGCCGUCAAGGAGGUCGUUGACAACGACUACUGCUUCGACAGGGUCCUCACCGUGUGCGAGGAGACCAGCAGCUUUGUCGACAGAGAGAUCUGCACCUACGAGUAUGCCAGGGAGGAUGUCGUCGCUGACUGCACCACCACCCAGGUCACCUACGCCGAGAAGUCUGAGACCAUGAAGGUUACAACCUGCUCUGCCUCUGGAUACGGAACCCCAGGAUACGGAGCCGGAGAACAUCAAUACUGCAGAGAGGAAUACCAAACCCAGGCAUACCGUGUUCCCCUCGUCACUGAGCCCAAGCUCGAAUCCUGCAAGCUCGCCUACCCCGCCCCCAGCAAGGUCUGUGUCACCAAGACCCUCGAGAUCGUUGAGGUCAAGUGCGAGGACAAGGUUGAGAGGGAGUGCUUCAACGUUGCCAAGUUCCAGGAUGCCACCAACACUGUUGACCAGAAGGAGAUCAUCAUUGGAGAACCAUCUUGCGAGCAGCUUACCCUCACUCUACCCACCCAGGCCUGCUCCAAGAACCACCCUAAACCCUACCAUGGUUAAACAAGAGGAGCAGGAGGAGGAGUUUAUACAACUCAGUCAGCUCAAUUCAUCCAUGCUGUGAAAUUUAUUUAUUUAUUUAAAAAGAAAUAAACUAUUUGAUCAAUUUA